AUGGCGAGGGCCCAGGAGGUCCGGGACUCUUGCAAGUUCUCCUACGGCAUUGCCCCCCUCGUCGUCGUCGCCGGAAACCUGGAAACGGAGUUCGCCACAAUCCCCGAACACCUCGCGCUGAUCAUCACCGAAGUUUUGAAAAACGCGCUGAGGGCGACCGUCGAGUUUUACACUUUGGGAAAUUCCCUCCUGGACUCCACCACGAAAAUUGGUUUGAUAUCUGACGACGAGGAUUUGCCGAAGGUGCGGGUGGAAGUUUACAAAGGCAAAAAAGAAGUUGUUAUCAAAGUCUCAGACAAAGGUGGCGGUGUUCCUCCCCACAAGCUGCAAGCGAUGUGGAGCUUCGGAUACAGCACUGUCGCGGAGUCCAACAGCCGCAUUUUCGAAAAGUCGCUUUCCCUCGCCCCCAACUUCGUCCGCCCCGACAUGGCGGGAUAUGGUUUUGGUCUGCCGCUUUCUCGGGCCUUCGCGCGUUACUUCGGAGGUGAUAUUCAUGUCCAGACGCACUUCGGAAUAGGGACAGAUGUGUACGUGACUUUGAACCACAUUGGAGACCAAGAAGAAGCUCUUGUCUUUCGCGAGCUUCCCGACUUGGCCUCCAACGCAGGCAAACGCCUCUUCGACAACAAAUGA